AUGUGUGUUCCAAAUAUUGACGAUAAAUGCAAAAUGAUCAACAGGAGCAAGCUGGGUCGCGCCGUGCACGGCAUGCUGACGCGCGCCAAGGCCGAGCGCCGUCUCGUGUGCGGCCUGCUGCCGGCCAUUGGCCGACUCGAGAAGGCGCCCGAGGACGUGGUGUUCUGCGUGCUGCCGCAGACCAGGCCGGGGGACGCCGCCACCCAUCUGCAGACGGUGCUCCUGCAGGCGUUCUGCUACGAGAACUACAUCCCCGUCAUACAGGUUGACAGUAGUGAAAAACUCUCAGAAUAUUGUGGUCUAGAAAAUACGCGAAACUGUAGCUGUGCCAUCAUAAUAAAGGAUCUCAAUAUGCCCUUGACGCCAGAGGAAGAAAUACCAGUAUCACCAUUGUCAGCAACAGAACAAAUUUUAGCCGAUUUCUAUGAAUGCACCCUAGCAGAAUUUCCAACACCCGUCAUCGAAUUGCCUAGUUGA